CCUCACGUACACUAGAAGUCCCGCCGUGGUUGCUCAGUCAUGUGUACACCGCCGAGUGAGCUGCAUGUGUGUCCGCCGUGGCUCUUGUGACACAUUUUCGGUGUUCUGUUCGCUUAGGAUACGUGGCUUGGCGGCAACGACUUCGGAUUCGUAGGAGAAAGAGAGAAAUAGAAAGACAGACCUGUUAGCGAACGAACCGUUGUGAAACGAACGCGAAUUAACUUGGUUAAUUUCGCUGUGAAUGAUUGACGAUUGCUCAUUCGAUUUCUGUGGAACCGAACGGCCUUGUUGAGGUCGUGUGCAGACCUCCCUCCCUACCCUCUCUCUCCCUCUCUCCCUCGUCUCCCUACCCAGACUCCUACCGCCUACCCUCACCUCUCCCUCACCCUUCUCCCCCGGUCCUUACUCCCAAGAGAGACUUUUACACACAAGACGUAGCGUAGUGUGUGUAGGAAGAGGCAAGAUGAGGGAGUUCGAGAUCAAGACGCCCGUGACGAGGAAGGAGGAGGUGGCGAACAUAAGGGCGAAAUUCCCUACGAAAAUACCUGUCAUCGUGGAGCGCUACGCCAAGGAGUCGACUCUGCCCGUGCUCGACAAGACCAAGUUCCUCGUGCCUCAGGAGCUCACAAUGUCGCAGUUCGUUACCAUAAUAAGGUGGGUUUUCCUUUGCUUCGGUUAUGGCGGGGGAACUUUUCUGUAGGGGUGACUACUGUCUAGGUGGCUGGUUCC